ACCACAGAGCCUAUUCACGCCGAUCUUCUCCCAAAUACAAGACUCGGACAGACGCCUGACAGUGACUGUAUUCAAGCAGCAAUGGAGCAGAUAUACAAUAGUAGGAAGCACGCACAUCAAGCUCGAGAGGCGGAUGAUCUGAGGAUUGAGAUGAGGAAAAAGGCUCUUCUUAUCCUCAUCUAUCAACACCUAAUGGGACAAGGCUAUGUGGCCACAGCAGCGGCCUUGGAACAGGAGAUGAAUGGAGGAUUGAAGAAGUUUGAGGUGUGCGAAAAUGUCGAUUUGGAAAUGGUGUUAAUGGAGUACGAGAGUUAUCAAUACGUCAAGUUCCAGAAGUAUCCCAAACUUAUUAAGAAAGUGGUAGAAUCAGUCCUCUGUCAAGGUGAAAACAGAAAUACAAGAAGUGGUGGAAAUAAGAGGGCUGCCAGUUCAGCUGUGAAGCCUCUCCCUAAAAUCCAGCUUCCAAACCUUGGUGGAGAAUCAAGAGGGAAUGCUACCGCUCCUUUGCAAUCAUAUAGCGAUGAUUUAUUCGGUCUCAGUGUUUGCCCCAUUGCUUCUGCACAAGCUGGAGGAGGAUCUGUGACCAACAAGGUCCAGAUGCCUAACAGCUCAGAUGGUAAAGGAGACAGCGAGCAGGAGGAGCGACUGCUGAAGCCCCUCAGUGGUUUUUCAGGAAUGAGCGGCGACAUGACAGAAUUCGCCACAAUCAUCAAUAAGGACAUCUAUUUGCACAACCCCAACGUGAGGUGGGAGGACAUCAUUGGCCUGGAGGAUGCAAAGCGAUUAGUCAAGGAGGCCGUCGUCUAUCCCAUUAAGUAUCCCCAGCUCUUUACAGGACUCCUUUCUCCGUGGAAGGGCUUGUUACUCUAUGGCCCCCCAGGUACAGGUAAGACCCUGCUGGCCAAGGCGGUGGCUACUGAGUGUAAGACAACCUUCUUCAACAUAUCAGCAUCAAGCAUAGUGAGAAAGUGGAGAGGAGACUCCGAAAAACUGGUCAGGGUUCUGUUCGAGUUGGCCCGGUACCACGCCCCCUCCACCAUCUUCUUGGAUGAGGUGGAUUCAAUGAUGGGCCAGAGAGGAAGCAGCAUAGUAGGAGAGCACGAGAGCAGUCGCAGGUUAAAAGCAGAGCUGCUGGUCCAGAUGGACGGAGUGGCGAAAUCAGAUGAGCUGAUUUUUGUACUGGCAGCCUCCAAUCUGCCUUGGGAACUGGACCAAGGCCUGUUAAGAAGACUAGAAAAGAGGAUUCUGGUUGGUCUUCCUCCUGCACCAGCCCGUCAGGCCAUGAUCGCUCAUUGGCUGCCUCCUAACUCCACAGGAGAGUUGCAACUAAAAGCUGAGCUUGACUAUCAACUUCUGGCAAAUGAGAUGAAGGGCUACUCUGGCUCUGAUAUCAGACUGGUAUGUAAAGAGGCUGCAAUGAGACAAGCCCGCAAAAUCUUUGAGGCUCUGGAAUCAAAUCAGGCUGGUAGGAUCAGACAAGGAGACACAGGCAUGCUGGACGUGCAGCUCGAAACUGUGACAACACAGGACUUCCUGGAAGUCUUGGCACAUACCAAACCGUCGGUCAGCGGCGUGAUGGACAAACACACAGCCUGGGAAAAAGAUUUUGAAUCCGUCUGAUCGACCUCUUCAUUCACUCAAAGUUACUGGACAUGUUUGGCCUGGUUCAUAGACAUUUUACUUGGUGUGUUUUUUAACAUUAACUUCCAAUUAGAAAGCAGUGUUUACAUUUAAAAAGGCAAACCAUUUCUCAGAAAGCAGUCAUUAAAUAAUAUUGGGACAACUUUUUUAUUUAUGCACCAUUAUAACUAAAGAUGGUGAACAGAUGAAUAGCUAUAUAGUUAUGUACAUGAUGACAAGGUUCCACUCAUCAACCAACUGCCUUACGCCAAGCGAUGUUAUAGUAGGUUCUUAAGGAUGUGUUCAACAGCGUCUGGAAAAGUAUCGCACGUCAGGUGAGGAGGAGGGUUGGUUUUAUUCUCGUCUCCUUGCCUGUAUUUACCUGGGAGAUGACACCAGAGGUCACGUAACUUCAGGUGAAUUACACAGAGGGCCAUGGAAUAUAACUUCAAUGGAAAAGGUUCAUCUCACCAGUUCGGACCAGAAUCCCUAACAUUCCUGCACUCUGAGCUCCUCCUACAUCAUCUCUGGCAUCCUGCGAGAGCACAAAGCAAAUUUACAGUAAACCACCUGUGAAAUGGAAGGUGGGAUUGAAAGUUGAAUUCAAUGAAGUUAGCUGAAGUGAGUACACUUACAUCGCCUAUCAUGACUGCUUCAUCUGGACGACACCCCAAAUCAGCCAGAGCCUACAUGCACAAAAAAAGUCUUACACCUACAUUUUAAUAUGAUCCAAUAUGAGAUCUAUUGAAAAUGGCUGCCUUUAACACCUAAAUCAAAUAAAGAUUACAUUAUAAACAGUAUGAUGGAGUGGCAGUGACAAAACUACGCACAAUUUGUAAAAGCUUCAAGAGAAUGUUGGGAAAACAACCUGUGUGAAAAACGUUUUUUCAGGCUUUCCCACCACAGUAGCUUUACAGUCUGUGGCAUACUCCAGUCCAGUUACGAAGGGCCCGGGGCCGAGGGCCAAACCAUCUUUCCUUUUAUAGUAGCGAGCCUUAUGGAUUGCGAAAAGAGGCGCACCAUCCAGAAUCAGUCUAAGAGACAAAUCAGAGUACUUUAAAAUAAGGCGAUUACGGUUCACCAGCCUUUAUCAAACCAAGCCAUUAGAAAAAUCUCAUAGCUCACCACUGACAACAAAGCUACAAAAAGUACUGUAUACCAAAAUCAUCUCAAUUCACAAAUUUACAUGGUGUGAAAUCUGGGCCUGUUCAGUUGAACACAAAGCUAAUAUUGCAUAAUAAUCCAGGUUCAUUGUAUCUCCUGCCAUCUAGUGCAAAAGCAUUUAUUCUGCCCAGUACUAACAUAGAUACUGUAUAUGUUGUAGUAAAUAAGUCAUUUUCAGAUCAAUUAAGUGAAAUUAGAUCAUUUCCCAUAGAACGCCUGAUCUUGGUUUGGAAUCACUGGAACGGAAAACUAAUUUAGCACCAGGCACAUCCUAAAGACAAUAAUCACCUGAAAGCCUUGUUCAUAGUUUGGUAGUCAAAGUGAUCAGGAGCGAGCCCGAUGACAACAGCAUUUGGUUCGGAUGUGUUGAUACCUGCGAAGUGAAUCAAAACAUUGACCUUCAGGGUGACCAUUUGUAAAUUUUUUUUUUUUUACUGUAAAACUACUGCUAAAUAAGUGAAAUCAAAAUUAUUACAAGCAAUACCCAAGGAGGAAAAAUAAAUGUUUUGUUUUUUUUCAUGUACAGUUUUAUUUUCAGAUGUGUACCUAUGAAAUCUUCCAGAGCGCUGUCCUCCACUAGGAGCAACGGUCUGUAUUUUGUCUUCUCUAGGAGGCUCCUCGCGGCGCUCAGUGAUGUGAAAAUCUCUUUUUCCUGUAUGACAGAAAUUGCAACAUCAGAUAAGACUACAGUCAUUAAGUAAAUGUUAUUCAGCAUCAAGUCACAGAAGUUCUAUCAAAGCACUUUUAUUUAUUGAGCAGGUCAAGAACCACACUCUAUACAUUACGUAGUGUAUAUUGCAAAUGGUGACAGAGGCAAGGAGAAACUCCCUUGAAGGAAGAAACCUCAAACAGAACCCAGGCUCUGUGGGGUAACCGUCAGCCUUAGCUGGUUGGUUUGAGAUGGAGAGAAAGAGUAGAGUGACAGACGGAUUGAGAGAAAACAGGCUAGAGGUUAAGCAGCCAGGGGAGGGAUGCCAACAAUGGGCACAACAAUAGCCCUAUCAACAGCAAUAGUCCCAUAAUGACAGCAAUGACGAUGAUACUGAUCCGCUCCCUAAAUCACAUUAUCGUCAAAUUAGAGAACCGACAACGUAGAUACAGCUAAAUUUACAAAGAUUGACUCAGGGAGAAAUGCAUAAGAAGUUUAAAGUCCAUAUAUAGUAAAUGUUUGAUUUUGUAAAGAAAAAUACAGCCGAUGCUAUUUUGUGAACAGCCUAAUAAUAUCCAUCCAUUGUCUGUACCGCUUAUCCUCACUAGGGUAUUUUUUUUAUUUUUUAUAACAAUACAUAAUGAACCAACAACACACUUGAUACACACUUCUUAAU